AUCAUCCUUUUUGGUAUAUAUAUUUCUCCCAACUAUAAAUUCAAAAAAUUCCUUCACUUACUCUGUCUCUCUAAGCUAUAUAUCACUGUUCAAUUCUAGGAUUUCUACUUUUGUCAAUUAACAAUAUAUAUACAUAAAUAAAUAAUUCUUUUAUACUCUUAUAAUAUAUAAUAAGCUUUCAUGAUUUUUCACCAUCUGAUUCGUUUUUGUGGGUUUGAUUAAUUGUGUUUCAGACCACGGACGAUUCAAUCCCGAUCAUCACGUUGUUUCUGAUUGUUAUAUAAUUUUUUUAAUAUAUAUAUAUUUAUAUAUAUCAGCCAAAAGAAGAAAAAAGAGAAAAGGGGGGCGCAGUAGGAUAUAUCAAAAUUGGUUUGUACCGUACAAGUCGGUUGUGCAGAGAAAGAUUUUCCUUUUUUUUUUUUUUUUUUUUAAUUUAGGUGUGUACUUUGGUUAUUUUGAUUAUAUAUGGCGACGUACUUUAAUCAUGGGAGUUCAGAAAUCCAAGGUCCUGAUGGGUUGCAUACCCUUUAUCUCAUGAACCCAAAUAACAACAACAACAACAACUACGUACAAACCUAUUCUGACACAACAACAACAUCCCAACCGCCGCCGCCGCCAGCUCCCAACAUGUUCUUUCUCAACCCAAACCAACUCCACCACAGCCGACACUUGGCCGGUGUACCAAUCUCAGCCGCCACCGCCUCCCCCGGUCCCGGAUCCAACAACGAAGCAGAUAUUUCAGCCUUUCCUCAUCUUCAAUACAACAUUUGGGGUUCCAAUAUGGAUCAUCAUCAACGGAAUACGACACCUGACUUUGCAACCCAGAUGGGUUUUCGAAGGCAUCAGGUGGUUUCGCCGACAACACAACAACAACAAGCUUUGUCACUGAGUCUUUCGUCGACGCAUCCCGCCCAGGCUGCAGCUUAUGUUGCCUCAUCAUCCUUUUCUGGUGGAGAUAUUAAUAAUGAAGUUGUUAUUCCAACUGUAUUGCCCACAAGUUUUGGGAAUUCUUUAUCGUCGACGAUAGUAUCUAAUAAUAGUGGGAUUGGAACAAGUCUUGGUCAAGUUCAAAGCAUGCUUUUGGGGUCUAAGUACUUGAAGGCCGCACAAGAGCUUUUAGAUGAAGUUGUUAAUGUUGGCAAUAAUAAUAAUAAUUUCAAGUCUAGAGGAAAAGAAGAAAAGGACAACACUCCAAUUGACUCAUCAGUUAAUUGCAGUACUGUUGGCGGCCUUGGCUCUAAAGACAAGGCCGCCGUGAAAAGUAACGGGGAGAGAACACCGACACCCGAAUUGGGAGGCAGUCGAAAUAGUGGUGGGGAGAGUAGUAGUUCUAAGAUAAGUGCUGAACUUUCAACAGUACAAAGACAAGAGCUGCAAGUAAAGAAAGCUAAACUAGCUAGUAUGCUUGAUGAGGUGGAGCAGAGGUACAGGCAGUACCACCAACAAAUGAACGUUGUGAUCUCAUCGUUCGAACAGGCAGUGGGAUACGGGUCAGCAAAAUCUUACACUGCGUUGGCUCUCAAGACGAUUUCGAAACAAUUUCGGUGUCUUAAAGACGCAAUCUCAGCUCAAAUUAAGGCCACAAGCAAGACUUUGGGAGAAGAAGAAUGCUUGGGUGUGAAGAUUGAGGGCUCAAGAUUGAGAUUUGUGGAUCAUCAUCUUCGGCAGCAACGGGCGUUGCAACAGCUUGGAAUGAUGCCACAACAUAAUAACAAUGCUUGGAGACCUCAGAGAGGUUUGCCUGAACGAGCUGUUUCGGUUCUUCGUGCUUGGCUCUUUGAGCACUUUCUUCACCCGUAUCCCAAGACAGCGGACAAAGUUAUGCUUGCCAAACAAACGGGGCUUACUCGAAGCCAGGUUUCCAACUGGUUCAUAAAUGCUCGAGUUCGGCUAUGGAAGCCAAUGGUAGAAGAAAUGUACAUUGAAGAAACCAAAAGUCAUGAAGAUCAACUAAAAGGUACUACUACCAACAAAAUAGAUACAAUCAAAGAAUCUACCACAAGAGUCCAAGAAAAUUCAACGGCUGAUAUUGAUGAUGAUGAUAAUAUUGAUCAUCACGAUGAUCAUAAUCGAAGUAAUAUUAACCCCUUCCAAUACUCAUCAAAGAAUCAGUCUUCAUCAUCAGCUGAUCAAAUGUUGAUGAGUUCAUCGUUUUCGACUUCUACUCCAAAGAAACCGAUGAGAAGUAGUAGUAUUACUCAUGAUGAAAUGAUCAUGAAAGGUAUUAUUACUGAUCAUGAUCAUCAGUACAACAGAACAGAUCAUAAUAUUAAUAAUAUUAAUAUUGAUGUUGGAUUUGGAAGAUCGAGUAGUACGUACCCAAUUGGAUUUGGGACAUACCCAGUUGGUGAUUUAGCAAGAUUUCACUCAAGAGAUCAUCAUCAUCAUCAUGAAUUUAUGGCUCCAAGUUUAUACCAUGGGAAUAAUAAUGGAUCAGUUUCACUCACUCUAGGUCUUCCUCACUGUGAUCAAAACCACUCUCUUUCUUCAGAAAAUGCCCAACAAAGCUUCCUGUCCAAUCCGCAGAACAUCGAUCCUUUGUUUGAUUAAUAACAACAACCCCACCAUAGUUGAAAUUAUUCUCACACAGAGAGAGAGAGAGUUAAAUGAGUGACUUUGCUCCUUGGAACUAUAUAUAUUUUUACCCAAAAAGUUUUUCAAGGACAAAUUAGGAUAAGAAGAAGAAAAAAGAGAGAGUUAGUGGGUCACCUUUUGAAUUUCACGUCAACUAGUCUUUUCGCCAUCACUUCUCUUUAUCUUCAACGUUGGACCCCCCUCUUUCCUUCCCCUCCCCUUAUUAGAUAGAUGGCUAUACACAACCAUUAUUAUUACUCAUGUCAAUCGACAAAGAAACUUUACUAUAGGAUUACACUGCCUGCUCAAAACAAUUCACUGCUUUUUUUUUCUUACUUUAUAUAUAUAGUUUAUAUAUAUUGUUUUGUUAUUGGAUUAAUAUUUAGCCUUUUCUUACGUAGGCUACAGGGUAUUGAGUUUUUAUAUAUAUAAUUAUUAGGUUUUCAUCAUAUGGGAGUUGUGUAUAUUGGAAUCAUAAUAUAUAUCUUUAGAAUUUGGAUAUAUAAAUAAAUGUAGUUAAUAUGUUCAUAGAUGUACAAAA